AUGCCCGAUCAGAUUGAUGUCCUUCUAUACGGCCUUGGGGCCAUCGGAUCCUUCUACGCAUUCAUUCUUAGUCGAUCCGACCGUGUCCGACUCACAGUUGUCGCUCGAUCCAACUAUGAUGCUGUCUCUAAAAAUGGAAUCACCCUCGAGAGCGAAAAUCAUGGAAAGCACACCUUCCACCCAUAUCGAGUCGUGAAGUCUCCGGCAGAUGCAUCAUCGCCAAUGGACUGGGUUGUUUGUGCCAGCAAAGCGAUCGACCAGGAUAAGGUGGCAGCGGAGUUGAGUCCGGUUGUGGAGGCAGGUCGGACCACGAUUGUGAUUAUUCAGAAUGGCGUUGGAAACGAAGAGCCAUUCAGAUCUCAAUUCCCUGACGCUUCAAUUUUAACAUGCGUUACGUGGGUCGGUGCCAUCCAAAGCACACCGGGUAUUGUAAAGCAUAUGAAAUCCGAGGAUAUGCAAAUCGGCCUAUUUCCCAACUCAAAAGUCGACCCUGCGACCGAGCAACAGCGACUCAAGACCUUCACCGACCUUCUUGCACAUGGAAAGACCAGAUUCCAGAUUAUGGAGGACAUCCAGCGUCAGCGAUGGGAGAAGGUCGUGUGGAAUGUGGCUUGGAACUCGCUCACUGCAUUGACCAUGCUGGAUACUCAGUCCUGGCUUCAUUCCUCGGCAGAUGCUGAGCCCUUCACACGUAAGUUGAUGAGGGAGGUGAUUAGUAUUGCCCGUGGUUGUAGGGUGCAGCUGGAAGAUGGCCUGGUGGACCAGCUUAUGGAUAAAAUCAAUGCUUUGCCUGGGAUUGGGAGUAGUAUGCAGACUGACUGUAAGAAUGGGCGUCCUAUGGAGAUUGAUGUGAUUCUUGGUUUUCCUGUACGCAAGGCGAGGGAACUAGGGAUAUCCGCCCCCUUCCUCGAGACGCUUUACGUGAUUUUACGCGCUGUAGAUGGCCGAAACCGCGCUGCACUUUGA